GUAACCACCCAAGAAAGCAAAAUGAAAACCAACCUAGCAAUUUUUUUCGUUCUGACGCUAAUCAAAGACCACCAAUUUUUGAAAUUACCUUCCGGUUUCCAAAAAUGCGACAUACGAAAACCCGAUUGCGACCGGUGUUUAUCCAAAGCUAUUCAGGGUGCCAUCGAACAAUUAAAGCAACCAAUUAACGACUAUGGUUUGCCCCAAAUGGAACCGUUUAUAGCGCCUAAAUCUGUGGGUUGCGAACUCGGAAACGAAGCUGACGGCAUACGACAAAAAUAUUACAAUUAUAAAAUUUCGGGUUUGACUAAAAUCGUAAAAACUGAUGCAAAAUUAGACUAUAGCCGACGUACUUUAACAUUAACCCUCCUUUAUGAUAAUGUCACUUUUGACUUUGAUUACCAGAUGGUUGGGAGGAUAAUUGUGUUGUAUAUUAAUACCACAACCACAGCGACUUCUACGAUGAUUAAACCCACAUUUAAAUUAAAAUUCACUUUGGAGGAAUACGAGAAAGACAACGAAAAGUAUUUGAAAGUCGAAGACACUGUAUUAAGGAUGGACGCAAAAUCGGGAACGGUACUCUUCAGAAACUUGUUCAAAAAUCAGCGGCUUAAUGAAGAUAUAAAUAUCGCGAUUGAAGAAAGCUGGGAAGAAAAUUUGGAGUACUGGCAACGAAAAUUCCCGAAAAUAUUUUCGGAUCCGUUUGAAAACAUAUUUAACAAUCUGUUGGAACGAGUGCCAGUCAGAGAAUUAGUGGAUGGUUUAGAGUAAACUUGUCUGUUCUUUUUUCUUUUUUUUUUG